CUCUCUCCAGCGCUCCAAUGCUACUGCGACCGCUGCUCGGCUAACUCCAGCUGCACGACGGACGGAGUGUGUUUCGUGGCGAUCCGUAAGAUUGGCAGUCGCCUGACGAGAGAACAGCGUCAGUGUGUUCACGAGAGCGAGCUGAUCCCCAGAGACAGACCCUUCAUCUGUGCUCCGUCCGUGAAGCAGGAGACGGGGAUCUAUCCUGUGUGCUGCACCACGGACAACUGCAACAAGGAGCCAGACCUCAACAUCAUCCCAGUCCCCACGGUGCGGACCCCCCCCCUCGGCCCUGUGGCCCUCGCUGCAGUGAUAGCUGGCCCUGUGUGUGUCCUCUGCCUCCUAUUGGUCCUCGCCUUCUACGUCUGUCACAGCCACCGAGCAGCGGGGGCGGCGCACCGUCAUCAUCACCGUGUGUCCAACGAGGAAGACCCCCACAUGGACCACCCCUUCAUCACCGUGGGAACAACGCUCAGAGACCUCAUCUACGACAUGACCACCUCAGGGUCUGGAUCAGGUCUGCCCCUGCUGGUGCAGAGGACGAUCGCCCGCACCAUCAUCCUGCAGGAGAGCAUCGGGAAGGGGAGGUUUGGGGAGGUGUGGCGGGGGAAGUGGAGAGGAGAGGAGGUGGCUGUGAAGAUCUUCUCCUCCAGAGAAGAGAGGUCCUGGUUCAGAGAGGCAGAGAUCUACCAGACCGUUAUGCUGCGGCACGAGAACAUCCUGGGGUUCAUCGCUGCUGACAACAAAGAUAACGGCACGUGGACCCAGCUCUGGUUGGUGUCAGAUUACCACGAGCACGGCUCUCUGUUCGACUAUCUGAACCGUUACACCGUCACCGUGGAGGGGAUGAUCAAACUGUCUCUGUCCACCGCCAGCGGACUGGCUCACCUGCACAUGGAGAUCGUGGGGACGCAAGGGAAGCCGGCCAUCGCCCACAGAGACCUGAAGUCUAAGAACAUCCUGGUGAAGAAGAACGGGACGUGUUGCAUCGCUGACCUCGGCCUCGCUGUGAGACACGACUCGGCCACCGACACCAUCGACAUCGCACCCAACCACCGGGUGGGGACCAAGAGGUACAUGGCUCCGGAGGUUUUGGACGAUUCUAUAAACAUGAAACACUUCGAGUCCUUUAAGCGAGCCGAUAUCUACGCCAUGGGGCUGGUGUUCUGGGAGAUCGCCAGCCGCUGCUCCAUGGGGGGCAUUCACGAGGACUACCAGCUGCCGUACUACGACCUGGUGCAGUCGGACCCGUCUGUUGAGGAGAUGAGGAAGGUGGUGUGUGAGCAGAAACUCAGACCCAACAUCCCCAACCGCUGGCAGAGCUGCGAGGCGCUGAGGGUGAUGGCGAAGAUCAUGAGGGAGUGUUGGUACGCUAACAGCGCCGCGAGGCUAACGGCCCUGCGCAUCAAGAAGACCCUCUCUCAGCUCAGCCAAUCAGAAGGCAUCAAGAUGUAGACACACACAGGCAUCCAUAUCAUUAGCAUUAGUACCCUCCUCUGCUUUUCUAUUCUCAUCACACUCACUGAUGAAGCUGUGUGUGUGGUGUGUGUGUGUGUGUGGUGUGUGUGUGUGUGUGUGUGUGUGUGUGUGUGUGUGUG